AUGCCCAGGCGAGAACGAAAUAACAACGCCGAGUUCUCGGUGUUUGAUGUCGCGGAGGUGGAAACAGGUGUUAGAGAGAAACAUGAGGACAGGUCUGCGACAGCAUCAGCUCUGCCUCCAGCGACACCUAGUGCAGGUGCUGCCCUGACACCUGUCAACAAACUCUGGGUCACGCUCACUCCGCAUGUGUUGAAAGUCAUCAUCAUCGUUCUGCUGGUCGCAAUUGUCAUCGGACUGGUCGCCGUUCUCACCCUGGUUGGUAUAAAUAUCUCUAUCAUUCUUGCAAGGCCCAAUGUGACAGAACUGCCUGAGUCAACGACUUUUGUCAUUACAACCUUCCUCUACAACCACUGCUACUUCUACAUCUACUACUACUCCUACAACAACUACUACUACAACUACUCCUACAACUACUACUCCUACAACUACUACUUCUACAACUACAUCUACUACAACUACUCCUACAACUACUACAUCUACUACAACUCCUACAACUACUACUACAACUCUACUACAACUACAUCUACAACUACUACUACAACUACUUCUCCUACAACUACAUCUACCACCACCACCACACCAGUAACUACUACAACUCUAGCAGAUUGCAACGAAUUCAGAUGUGGAAGUGGAGAAUGUGUUGCAAUGCGAUACCUCUGUGAUGGUUUUCCAGACUGUAAGGAUGGCAGUGACGAAGGCAUUGGCUGUGCGUGUGGUAAUGGCCAGUGGCAGUGCAAAAAUGGCCAGUGUGUAAAUGCAACAGCAAAGUGUGACCAGCAUUAUGACUGCAUGGACAAGUCAGAUGAAUACUCAUGUGAAGACUGCAGUGGAUUCCAGUGUGACAAUGGGAUUUGUCUAUGGGAUGGAUACAGAGGCCGCUGCGAUCAAGUGUUUGAUUGUAGUGACCUUAGUGACGAGAUGGAAUGCCCUCCAAAAUUUGGAACUAUAAAAUGCAAAAAUAAUGUUCAGAUCCUCCAACAACAGUGGUGCGAUGGUAUAGACCACUGUGGUGACAACUCCGAUGAAACCAAUUGCAAAUGCAACAGGGCAAAAAGACCAUGUGCUGAUGGUACAUGCCUCACACGAGCUUGGUUUUGCGAUGGCUUUCCAGACUGUAUUGAUGGGAGUGAUGAACAUAACUGUUCCAAAUGUGAAGCCACCCAGUUCCAAUGUCUGAAUAGCAAAUGCCUGGAUCCCAGUGCUGUUUGUAAUGGCUAUGAGGACUGCCUGACAGGCGAGGACGAGCAGAACUGCUUUUCAGUAAAACAAGGAGGCUCGAAGGAACUGCUGGUCAUCUAUGCAGGACAAGAGUAUGCUGUUUGUAGUGAUGUUUGGUCCACAGGAAUAGCAGAGCAAGUGUGUAACAACAUAGGACAGCAGCACAUGUCGGACUGGCAAGAGAUUAAGCCUACAGAAUCAUGGAGACUUUUUGUUGCACUGAAAAACUCAGCAGAAGGGGCUGUCACCAGCAACCUCGAAAUAAGAAAGUCUUGUUUUUCUGGUCAAGUCAUCAGUAUUUCAUGUCAGAAGCAAGAGUGUGGUGAACGCCAGGUCUCAUUCUUGCAGUCCUUUGUGCUUGGUGGACAGAUUGCAGCGCCUGGGAAGUGGCCUUGGAUGGCCUCCCUUCUUUAUCUAGGCAAGAUGUUAUGUGGAGCCACGCUCAUACAUCCACAAUGGCUACUGACUGCAGCUCAUUGCAUUACAAGUGCUGUGAGUCGGAACUAUGACCUAACAAAAGCUCCGUUUUACUUUGAUGUGAUAUUGGGUUCAGUGCACAAACUAGGGCAGUCUCCUGAUGGAACCCCCUACCGAAUCCGAGUCAGCAAAAUUUUGCUGUCACCUCAUGUAAACGUGUCGGAUUAUGGCACAGUGGACUGGGACAUGGCACUUAUCAAACUGUCCGUGGCGGUCAACCUGAGCAGUUACAUUCAGCCAGUGUGUCUUCCGCAUGCCCUUCAGGAAACUCCAGUUGGCUUAAUUUGCUACCUUGCUGGCUGGGGCAUCACCAAUGAUCAACAAGUGGCGGUGUCCCCGGAGUUUUUGCGGGACACACGCGGUUGAGAAUAUGGGAGGACGGGGCUUGUGCAAACAACACCAUACCUCCGGAAAGUCCCAUCAAUCUCAAAUCCACUUUCUGUGCAAGCGGCAUUCCAGCUGCCGUUCCGUCUGGCUGCCAGGGUGACAGCGGAGGUCCACUAAUGUGCUUCUCUAGCGGUCACCGCUGGGUGGUGGCCGGCAUCAUGAGCCAGGGAAGCACUACAUGUGGAACUUACAGCCGUUUCUACCGGGCCAACCGCUUCGCUCGAGUCUCUACGUCCGUCAACUGG